AAAAUCUGAAAAUAUUCCCGAAAUAACUUGGAGAUUCGCUACAUAAUGACUUCAGCAUCCAAAGGAGGCUUUCAACCCGUAACAGCUGUUUAUCAGUCGUAAUCCUUCAUGCAGUUGACCUCGUUAUCUGGGUGACCUUGUAGCUAACCAGAUAACAGCUGUUCUUUAAAGCAGAAACCAGUCUGACUGAAGCGGUCUGUGAAGUAGUACAGUAUCUUACCAACAUGGCUGAAGGUGGUAAAGGAAAAAUUGGAAUACUUGGGAGUGGGCUGAUUGGCCGUAGCUGGGCCAUGCUGUAUGCUGGUGUCGGCUACUCCGUGGUCCUGUAUGAUGUGGUAGAGCAGCAAGUGACAGCGGCUCUCACUGACAUUGCCAAACAGCUGGAGAUGUUAGCGGCUGGUGGGCUACUGCGGGGCUCUCUCACUGCUAAGCAACAGCUCGCCUGCAUCUCUGGAACAUCUAGUUUAGAAGGCCUAGUCCAAGAUGCUAUUCUAGUCCAGGAGUGUGUACCAGAAAAUAUAGAAUUGAAAAAGAAAGUCUUCCAAAAUCUGGAUAAAGUUGUCGGACCAAAGACCAUCCUAGCUAGUUCUACAUCAACGUUUGUGCCAUCACUGUUUUCUGAGGAUCUCAAAAAUCGAGCUAGAGUUGUUGUAGCUCACCCGGUGAAUCCCCCGUACUACGUGCCUCUUGUAGAGAUCGUCCCAGCACCAUGGACAGAACCCUGGGUGCCACAGAGGGUGCGGGAGCUGCUCACGGAGAUUGGCCAAGAACCAGUCACCCUCUCUCGAGAAGUAGCUGGCUUUUCCCUCAACAGGAUACAGUAUGCAAUCCUGAACGAAGUAUGGAACCAAGUAACUGAAGGAUUGCUCAGCGUGGAGGAUGUUGACAAAGUCAUGUCUGAAGGCCUGGGCAUGAGGUAUGCCUUCUUGGGGGCCCUGGAGGUAGCUCAUCUUAAUGCUGAAGGCAUAGAAAACUACUGUGAGAGAUACCACAAGUCUAUAUACGACACAAGCAUGACAUUCAAGCCAGUGCCCCACAUGGUUGGUCCUGCGGUAAAGGACAUCACUAAACAGAUGACCUCUAUCUGCCCCUUGGACCAGUUAGCCCGCAGACGAGCCUGGCGGGACAUGUGCCUCACCCGUCUAUCUCAGCUCAAACAGGAACUGAAGAAGGAAAAGUAAUUUGUAAUGUUUUUUAUUUAAUAUUUGUUCUAUGACUAAUAAAACAUCCACAAAC